GGAAGAUUAAAAAAAGUAGCCUUCAACCAUAAGCAGUAGCAAUGGAGUCCAGAAUACAAAUGCCGCUUCUCGUUGUCCUUCUUUUCGCCCUCGUCUCAGGAGGCUUGUCACUUACCUUCACGUUCAAAAACAACUGUUCGUACACAGUCUGGCCAGGGACAUUAGCGGGAUCUGACAGUGCACAACUUUCUUCAACUGGUUUCGAAUUGGCCUCUGGAGCGUCAAAUUCCAUAAAUGCCUCUUCUGGAUGGUCCGGCAGGUUCUGGGGUCGAACAUAUUGCUCAUCUUCAACUGGAAGCUUUAAAUGUGAAACCGCAGAUUGUGGCUCCGGUCAAGUUGCAUGCAAUGGUGCCGGAGCUGUUCCGCCGGCCACUUUGGCAGAAUUCGCUGUAGCGAGUAAUAAUGCAGAGCAAGAAUACUAUGACGUUAGCCUUGUUGACGGAUUUAACUUGCCACUCUCGGUGACUCCACAAGGUGGAACUGGUCCUUGCAGUUCGGUGGGUUGUUUAGCUAAUAUCAACUCGGUUUGCCCGGCCGAGUUAAGUGUGAAGGGGUCUAAUGGGAGUACUAUUGCUUGCAAAACUGCUUGCGAUGCAUUUGGCACUGAUGAAUAUUGUUGCACUGGUGCCUAUAAUACGCCUCAGACCUGCCCACAAACCAAUUACUCGAAAAUCUUCAAGGACCAGUGUCCUCAAACCUACAGCUCCCCAUAUGAUGAUCAGGCAAGCACAUAUAUAUGCACUGGUGCUAAUUACCUCAUCACCUUCUGCCCUUGAAAAGGAUAUGAUUUCAUCAGCUUGGGUCACAAAAUAAAUACAUUGAUAGCAUACAAUAGGACCAAGCAGAGCAUUAAGAAUGAUAUGAGACAGAGAAAUUAAUCUAUACAAUAUUGAUUGUCCUUGGGGUAUGUACUUUGUAAUUGGCUACAAUUUCCACCAUCAGAUUGUAAACUUCCAUUUUAAUAGAGUGAGGGUCGUAUGUCCCUCAGACCAUAAAUAC